GUUCUGAAAACGUAUUUUCUACUGAUCUGGCAACUUCCGUACCGUCAAUCUAGUCGACGCGAGCUCAAAAUCAUGGCGGACGAAGUUGAGCAGCAACCGACUACCAACACAGUUGAGGAGCCACUUGAUCUGAUCAGGCUCAGCCUAGAUGAACGGAUCUAUGUGAAGAUGAGGAAUGACCGGGAGCUCCGCGGCCGACUCCAUGCAUAUGACCAGCACCUGAACAUGAUCUUGGGUGAUGUGGAGGAAACAGUGACUACAGUGGAGAUUGAUGAGGAGACAUAUGAAGAACUUUACAAGUCUACCAAGAGGAACAUCCCCAUGCUGUUCGUCCGAGGAGAUGGAGUCGUCCUUGUAGCUCCGCCUCUCAGAGUGGGCUAACAUGACGGUACCUGGUGUUAAGGAGGGUCCGUGGCACAUUCAAAGAGUGAUAAGGUGGUGAUGCCAUGGCGUACUACAGGAGGGGUGUUAAAAUGUGUCACUCCCCCUAAUGAUGGACUCUUAAACCAGCAUCUUUCACUAUGGAAACUUUAGUUUCCCUUUUUUUUUUUUGGUUAGGCAAAGAAAGUUUUCAUGGGAUGAGAAAUGACAGUUUGGAAUGACAGGUUUUGUUUCUUUCUUUUUUUUUUUUUAA